CAGACGGAAGCUGCUGGGAGCUUCCCAUAGCCUAUGGGAAAGCUUUCAGAUUCAUACUCAUUCAUAAGAAACAGGAACAAGUUAAAAGCUGGCACUCACUUCAAUAUCGAAGGAAGAGCUUCUUCACGGGACUCUACUUUGCUUUUAUUUUUUUAUUACUUAGUUUGUUUUCUACUCAGAAUAUCAAAACAUCCAAACACUCCUACACAAAUCAAAGCAUGACAAAUCACGUUUCAUGUGAUCUGCCCUUAUGCAAAAGGUCCACAACUAAACCCACCAAUCUUGUCUUUUACCUUCCCUAUAGCUGUAUAUAUUUUCUUGUUCAAUUUCUCGUCCUUUUUUAACCACCUCCUAAGGUCUCUUCGCAGAUACUCAUUCACAGAAAGAGACCAUGACUGUCGUCUCUCUGUUAGUCGCCUUCACCGUUCUUUCACUCUGUUUACACACUUCAACAUCUGAGCUCCUACAGUUUCAGCUCUCCACCAUAUCAUCAGCUGCACCUACGUUUUUGCCUGAAGCUCCUUCGAGUUUCUCAGCUUCACCUCUGGAGGCUAUGUCUCCAGAUAUAUCUCCUCUGUUCCCUACUCCAGGUUCAAGCGAAACGUCUCCUUCUCCGUCAGAAUCUUUUGACAUGCCGACAAUCCCCUCGAGCCUUAGUCCACCAAAUCCAGAUGCCGUCUCUCCUGAUCCUCUGCUUGACUCUUCUCCCGUGGGGUCUCCUCUUCCGGCUUCUUCCUCUGUUUCUUUGGUCUCGUCACCACUCUCUCUGCUUCUGGUCUUCCCCAUGUUAAUACUAGCUUUCUGCAGAUUCUAAUAAAAUAUUUUGAAACAGAGUGUGAGAGAGUAAGCCCUCUUUGACAUCUUGCUUGAAGAAAAAGAUUCAUAAUGUAUACUUUUUACUCUAUGCUUGUUUAUGGAACUUUAUUUUUCUUGUAUAAUUUAAUACUACUAUUGUUCGUGUGAGAAGGCUCUCUGCCAUCUGGCCGGUGCAGUUGUUGCACUUGUAACAGUUGAUACAAGUUAGAAAUUUUAAAACAACACUAAAAAUCAUAGAUUUCAGUAUAUAGAACAUUUAUCAAAAAAUUUAAUAUUUUUUAAUAGAGGUUUUAAUGUAUAAUUGCAUUUUGCACUAACAUACGAUGAAUGUCAAAGAUGUUUGAAGCUUUUUUUUCCUCUGUUUCUCUAAAGAAUAACGAUUUUAAAGUGGUUAACCAAACAAUUUACAGCGUAUUAUGAAGUUUUACUAAAUUAAUUGAUAAAAAAUUUAAAAAAUGUUCAUAUACCAUAAAAGAGAGUUUAACAUAUAUUAAUACAAAUGUAGAAUGUAUUUAGAAAUUUAAAAACAACACAAAAGAUCAUAGACUUCCGUAUAUAGAGCAUUUACC